AUGAGUGUCGCCUACGAGCCGCGCGCCUUUCUCAACGAUUCGGCAUACAGCGAUCUCGACGGCGGACGCGACGAUCAGCAUUUCACUGACAAUGACAUGGAUCACUUGAGUCACUACACAACCGAGCCUGGCAUGCUCUCGGAGGAGCGCGACGUCAUGGGCGAUGAGGUCGACUUGAUGAACGACCACAUACAAGUGCGAGAUGAGCAUUUGGCGAUGGGCGACGAACAGAUGCCUGUAACGGAGGAGCAUAUCAUCAUCGAGGAGAGACAUUCGCCAACGAUAGUCGAGUUGCCCGCAGAUUUCUCGUCGCCGUUGCAAACGACCGCGCCCGCGCCAGACGACACUGUCGACACCGCGGAGCCGACACCAGAGGCUGAGGAGGACUCAAGUGUCGAGCCACGCGGGCGGCGUGUGUCCAACAGGAUCAAGCCCGCGCGCGAUGUGCGCAAGGGCGAGGAUGGCAAAUACCACUGCCCGAGAAAGGACUGUGAGGAUGAUGUUCGAGCGUUCAGCCGCAAGUGCGAGUGGAACAAACACAUGGACAAACACGAACGGCCGUACCGAUGCAAGGCUGCGGGCUGCGAAGCCUUGCCUGGCUUCACGUAUUCGGGUGGUCUACUGCGUCACGAGCGCGAGGUGCACGGCAAACAUGGCGGACCGCGACAGACGUUCAACUGCCCUCACCUGAACUGCAAAAGGCAUACUGGCAAGGGCUUCUCGCGACAGGAAAACCUCAACGAGCAUCUGCGACGCGUGCAUACCGACGGUACGGGACAGGCGACGCCGCCAGCCGAGAUACCUACCCCUCCCGCAGCCGAUGUUGACAACGAGAGCGAGAAAUCCGGAUCGAAACGAAAAAGACGGUCGAGUGAUAUUAGCGCCGGCGACGAGAUGGCUGGGCUUCGUCACGAGAACAAGCGGCUGUGCGACCGCGUCGCGGAACUGGAGGCCAAGAUGGAGCAGCGAGACCGCGACCUCGAGGACAAGGAUCGUGAGCUCGAGCAGCGCAACUCGGACAGCUUGUCGCUCAUGGCGCAGAUUGCUGAGCUGCAGCAGGCUCUGCGUAGUGGCAUGAGCCACCCCAGUCUCAGUGCACCGACGGCGCAAAUGUUAUAG